AUGGCUUCGCAUGGCCAGCAGCAGCGGGAGCAAGAAGACAGUGAAGGUCAGUUGGCCGCAGGUACAUGUGAGAUUGUUACUUUGGACAGAGAUAGCAGUCAGCCUCGAAGAACCAUAGCCCGACAAACAGCUCGUUGUGCAUGUAAAAAAGGACAGAUUGCCGGUACUACAAGGGCAAGGCCAGCAUGUGUCGAUGCACGCAUUAUUAAAACAAAACAGUGGUGUGAAAUGCUUCCGUGUUUAGAAGGAGAAGGUUGCGAUUUGCUUAUCAAUAGAUCAGGCUGGACCUGUACACAACCUGGUGGGAGAAUAAAGACAACCACG